GGGAGGAGGCGGCGCGGAGCAGCGGCGGCGCCCGCACGGGGAUGGCGUCUCCGGGAGCGCUGGAACCGGCGGCCGGCAGCGUGCCCGGCACCAAGGUGGAGCUCACCGUGUCCUGCCGGAACCUGCUGGACAUGGACACCUUCUCCAAGUCUGACCCAGUGGUCGUCCUCUUCGUGCAGGGCGCGGGGAGCAGCGAGUGGAAGGAGUUUGGGCGCACCGAGGUGAUCGACAACACCCUGAACCCCGACUUCGUCCGCAAGUUUGUCCUCGACUACUACUUUGAGGAGAAGCAAAACCUCCGCUUCGACGUCUACAACGUGGACUCCAAGAGCUGCUCCAUCUACAAGCAGAAGGACUUCCUGGGGCAGGCGUUCGUGGCGCUGGGGGAGGUGAUCGGGUCCCAGCGGGGCCGCCUGGAGAGAGCCCUCACGGGGAUCCCAGGGAAGCGGUGCGGGACCAUCCUGCUGCUGGCCGAGGAGCUGAGCAACUGCAGGGACAUCGUCACGAUGCAGCUGUGCGCCAACAAGCUGGACAAGAAGGACUUUUUCGGGAAAUCCGACCCCUUCCUCGUCUUCUACCGCAGCAACGAGGACGGCACCUUCACCAUCUGCCACAAGACAGAGGUGGUGAAGAACACACUCAACCCGGUGUGGCAGCCCUUCACCAUCCCCGUGCGCGCCCUCUGCAAUGGGGACUACGACCGCACGGUGAAGAUCGACGUGUACGACUGGGACCGGGACGGGAGCCACGACUUCAUCGGGGAGUUUGCCACCAGCUACCGGGAGCUGUCCCGAGCACAGAGCCAGUUCACGGUGUAUGAGGUGCUGAACCCUAGGAAGAAGUGCAAGAAGAAGAAAUACGUCAACUCCGGCACCGUGACUCUGCUCUCCUUCUCCGUCGAGUCCGAGUUCACCUUUGUUGACUACAUCCGAGGCGGGACGCAGCUGAACUUCACCGUCGCCAUUGACUUCACGGCCUCCAACGGGAUGCCGUCGCAGCCCACCUCGCUGCACUACGCCAGCCCCUACCAGCUCAGCGCCUACGCCCUGGCGCUCAAGGCCGUCGGGGAGAUCAUCCAGGACUACGACAGCGACAAGCUCUUCCCCGCCUACGGCUUCGGCGCCAAGCUGCCGCCCGACGGCAAGAUCUCCCACCAGUUCCCCCUGAACAACAACGAGGACAACCCCAGCUGCGCCGGCAUCGAGGGCGUGCUCGAGUCCUACCUGCAGAGCCUGCGCACCGUGCAGCUCUACGGGCCCACCAACUUCGCCCCCGUCAUCAACCAGGUGGCCGGGACGGCCGCCCAGGUGACGGACGGCUCCCAGUACCACGUCCUCCUCAUCAUCACCGACGGCGUCAUCUCCGACAUGCUGCAGACCAAGGAGGCCAUCGUCACCGCCUCGGCGCUACCCAUGUCCAUCAUCAUCGUGGGAGUGGGGCCGGCCGAAUUCGACGCCAUGGAGGAGCUGGACGGCGACGAGGUGCGGGUGUCCUCGCGGGGACGCUACGCCGAGAGGGACAUCGUGCAGUUCGUGCCGUUCCGGGACUACGUGGACGACUCGGGCAACCAGGUGCUGAGCAUGGCGCGCCUGGCCAAGGACGUGCUGGCCGAGAUCCCCGAGCAGCUCCUGUCCUACAUGAAGACCCGCGACAUCAAGCCGCGCCGCGCCGACCCGCAGUAG